CUACGGGGAGGGAGGGAAGGAGGGAGAGAUGAGCUCAGAGCCAUCCCCUCGCCUGGCAAGACGCAAGGAAAGCCAGCGAUUGGGUCCCCUUCCCUGCAAAAGAUGGAGGUGGAAGCAGGCGCCUUGCUUUCCUAGCCAUGGCUACCGGGAUCGGAGCGGCGCCCGGGAAAGAUGUGGCCCGGGCGGUUGAGCUGCUGGAACGGCUGCAGCGGAGCGGAGAGGUUCCCCCCCAGAAACUGCAAGCUCUUCAGAGAGUACUACAGAGCAAAUUCUGCUCCGCCAUAAGGGAGGUCUAUGAGCAGCUGUACGACACACUGGAUAUCUCAGGGAGUCCAGAAAUUCGAGCACAUGCCACAGCUAAGGCAACCGUGGCUGCUUUUGCAGCAAGCGAGGGACAUGCACACCCUCGGGUGGUAGAGCUUCCCAAGACGGACGAAGGCCUGGGCUUCAACAUUAUGGGGGGCAAGGAACAAAACUCUCCCAUCUACAUUUCCCGCAUCAUUCCUGGAGGUGUAGCUGACCGUCACGGUGGACUCAAGCGUGGAGACCAAUUGCUGUCCGUCAAUGGCGUGAGUGUGGAGGGAGAGCAACACGAACGGGCAGUGGAGCUUCUGAAAGCCGCACAAGGGACCGUGAAACUGGUGGUGCGCUACACACCUAAAGUACUGGAAGAGAUGGAGGCACGCUUUGAGAAGAUGCGGACAGCUCGACGCCGGCAGCAACACAACAGCUACUCAUCCCUGGAGUCAAGAGGAUAAUUUGCAUCAUCAUUACCUGGUUGCUUGGGCCGCGGCCUGUGACUCUUCCUGCCCCGCCCUUCCCUUCCCUAUCCUCCCGAGAUGGUUUUAUCUGUAUAGCAGGAGACAUAUUUAUCUACGUUCCCCCUUCCUUUGGGAGAUGGGCUUCUAUGUACAGUAUUUAUUCUCCACGUUCCUCUUAUUUAAAGAUGUUCUCUGUGUGUGAGUGAGUGUAUGUCUGUGCAAUCCCAUAACCUUUGUGAAACUGGGGAAAAUAUUACAAUUACCAAGAGGGUGCUGUCUUUGUCCAUGGAAAAAUAAUUGGCUCUCCACAUUUGUGGGUUUAACUUUUGCAGAUUUGAUUAUUCAUUGAUGAUUUGCUUCCACUACCACUGCUGCUCUAUGCCAUUUUUAACAGGGAUUGCAAGCCUCGCAAAUAUGCAGCAAGGCUCUUAAGUCCCUAUUAAAAAUGGUGCAAGGCAGCAGAAAGCUCCAUCUUCUUCUGCUUUGUGAAGGAACCCUGUUGCCUUGAAGGCAUCCACAGUGUAGGUUGUACUUUUUUCUCUGUGUGUUAAAUAUUGUCGGAUGGGGGAUACAAAAGAUAUUCAUGUUUUUCCCACUUUUGCAGGAUCCUGCACUCCUAACCCCAGUUAAUGUGGAGAGUCAAUUGUACAGGGCUAUCAAAAUACGAAAAUGGGAGAUGUUCCUGCAUGAAACCCCUCUCCUUCAGAAGUGGGUUUAAUUGGUGUUGUGGGGGAGGGUUCCCAUUCUAUCUAUUCCUCUUUAUGUGAGUUGAUUGCACCUUUGGAGUAGCGAGGAGCCAUCAACUAUCCAUGAUGUGGUGUAAAUAAUACAAAGUGUUAGGUUUGGAUCUUGGUUCAGGUCUCACCAGUGGACCAUAUUGCUGCUUCUCAGCCUAACCUUGAGUCCCAUUUGGGAGAAAAGUGGGAUACCCAUCAAAUAAAUAUAAAUGAAUAAAUAACCUACCUCGCAA